AUGUCUGCUAUCAGUUUCUUCUCUCUCGUUCGCGACACAUGUAGCCAGUUCAACACAGCAGUCAACCGUCCCUUUUCUCUUCUUUCUUCCUUUCCUUCUUUCUCUUUCUUCUUCCUUUCCACGACUAUAAAAUACCCGUGGGAUUUCUGCCUUUUCUUUCUUUCUUUCUUUCUUUCUUUCUUUCUUUCUUUCUUUCUUUCUUUCUUUCUUUUUCUUGGUUUCUUUUCUUCUUUAUUUCCUACUUUCUUUCUUUUCUUUCUUUCUUGCUUUCUUUUCUUCUUUAUUUCUUGCUUUCUUUUCUAUUUCUUUUUUGCUUUCUUUUCUUUUUUUCUUUUUCUUUCUUUCUUUCCUUUUCUUUCUUUUCUUUUUCCUUUCUUGUUUUCUUUUCUUUUUUAUUUCUUUUUCUUCUUUACUUUAUUUUUUCUUUUCUUUUCUCUUUCUUUCAUUUGUCUUUCUUUCAUUUCUCUUCUUUCUUUUUUAUCUUUUUUCUACAGGACAAUAUCGUAG